AUGGCUGCAGUCCUCACCUGGGCUCUGGUCCUCCUCUCAGUGUUUUCAGCUACUCAGGCACGGAAAGGCAUCUGGGACUACUUCAGCCAGAGAAGCAGGGACAAAGGCACGAUGGAGCAGAUCCAACAGCAGAAGCUGGCACGGGAGCCCACGAGCUUGAAAGACAGCCUUGAACAAGACUUCAGCAAUAUGAACAAAUUACUAGAAAAGCUGGCCCCGCUGAGUGGGCAGGGGAAAGAGCCUUCUCUGCUGACACAGGACCCAGCAGACAUGAGGCAGCAGCUACAGGAGGAGCUGAAGGAGGUUAGGGCGCGCCUGGAGCCCUACAUGGCGGAGGUACAUGAGCUUGUGGGCUGGAACUUGGAGGGGUUGAGGCAGCAGCUGAAGCCCUACACCAUGGAGCUGAUGAAGCAGGUGGCCUUGCACGCGCAGGAACUGCAGGAGAAGUUGCGCGUGGUGGGAGAAGACACCAAAGCCCAGCUGCUGGGGGGUGUCGACGAAGUGCUGAGCCGGAUGCAGGAGAUGCAGCGUAGUGUACUGCACCACACUGGCCGAGUCAAAGAGCUCUUCCACCCAUACGCCGAGCGCCUGGUAACGGGCAUUGGGCGCCAUGUGCAGGAGCUGCACCGCAGUGUGGCUCCGCACACGGCCGUCGUCAGCCCUGCGCGUCUUAGCCGUUGUGUGCAGGCUCUCUCUCAUAAACUCACGCUCAAGGCCAGGGCCCUGCACGCGCGCAUCCAGCAGAACUUGGACCAUCUGCGCGAAGAGCUCAGUGCAUCUGUCCGCGCCAGCGCUGACGGAGCUGAGCAGGGGGCCAGCCCGGAUCCCCAGAUGCUCUCAGAAGAGGUACGCCAGAAACUCCAGGCCUUCCGCCAGGACACAUUCCUACAGAUCGCUGCAUUCACCCAGGCCAUCGACCAGGAGACAGAGGAAGUUCAGCAGCAGUUGGCGCCACCCCCACCAGGUCACAGCGCCUUUGCCCCUGAGUUCCCACAAGGUGACAGUGGCAAGACCCUGAGCAAGCUGCAGAACCGACUGGAUGACCUGUGGGAAGACAUCACUUACAGUCUUCAUGACCAGGGCCAUAGCCGUUUGGGAGAACCCUGAGGGUCUACUUGCCCAGGUUCACCAGCUCUUUGUCCAAGGAGACCUGGAUUCGAGCCUCUAGCAUAGCCUGUUGGGCAGAGGGCAGAGGGUCCUGCACAGGUGAGGCCAUUGAAGAGAGUACUGUCCCUGGCAUACAGCCUCAACUCCCCCAUCUGGAUACAUUAUAUUCACCAGGCUUUGCAAACCCCGCUUUCCGUGUUCAUUUGGGAAUCAUCAUGAGUUGCAACACUUGAGUGAAGGGAGUCGGGAGGGAGAGAGGCCCUGUGUGUGUGGGAGAUUGUCUGCAAGCCUUAUGAGAUGGUGCCACUAUAUCCCAGAGUUUGGCUCCUGUCACUUCUGAUUGCCUGAUGGUCACAGUUACAGCUGGUCCAGAGAGAGGAGCGCUUGUCUUCUAGAGAGCAAGGAGGAAAAUAUGAUGGGGGAGAGCAUGUGGCGGUGUGUUAUAUCCUUGCUGGCUGUGAUGCUGGUUGGUAUGAAUGGUGAGGGACAGCGAUGGGAUGGGCAGAGCCCAUAUUUCCUUAGCUCUGAACCUAAAUAAGAGGCUGAACCCUUCAAGCUGUGGGGUCUUCUUAAACCCUUUCUGGAGCGUAUUAUAUGUCCUCUUCAUUUCCAGCCCCUCUUUCCUAACUGCCAGGCCAAAAUCUAGACUUCUGGCUCAAAAGAAAUAGAUGCUUAUGAUGAAA